AAUAUUUGAUAUGGAUUUUUUUCGCGCCGGCGCGAAUGGUGAAACGUGCGUUUGUAGAGUUUUUCGUAGAGCUUAGCAUUUUUCGUUAAAUCAAAGCAUGUAUUUGUGCAAGAUAUAAUAAAAAUAAGGUGUAUGAUCGGAGUUUCUACUAAUUAAACCAAAUACGUCUUCUAUAAUGCUAUUGUGCGUUCCAUUAUUCUAAGGAUUGUUAAUAAAAAUGUUAUAGAAGAAUAAAUUUAGAAUUUAUUACAUAUCGAUUGAAUUUUAAAAUAAAAUGGGAUCAUCUAUCGUUCUUAAAAGUUUAUCUAUUCUUUUGGGCAUUUUUUUUAUUUUCGUUGGCAUAACCAAACUGACGCCUUUCAUAUCAAAGGAAUUGCAUAAAGAUUUGAGAAAAGAAUACGUAAGGUAUGCCAAAGUUUUCCCAUUAACGACAAUGUUGGAUUUCAAAGUACCAUCUAAGUGGUAUCGGAGGAGUGUCGGCGGGCUGGAAAUUCUGUUUGGACUGGCGCUCGCUAUUAUACCUAGUCAUAGAGUAAAGAACACUGCCAACGUGGGCCUGGUGCUGCUGAUGAUCCUGGCCGCAUACUCGCACUUGAUGGUCGGCGACCCCUUCGACCGGUGCGCUCCGGCUCUGGUGUUCUUCUUCAUGCUCUCCGGACGUCUCGUGGUUUGGUACCAGACAAGUCGACGGGAGGAAUUAGAAAAGGCAGCUGCGACUCAGAACGGAAACGGUCUUAAGAAGGACUAAGGGAAUGCAUUACGAUGUUUGGUAGUUUUCUUUUCACGUUUCUCGAACAUUUAUAAAUAAAUAAAUUUUUAGCUGGAUAAGCUGUUUUUGAAGUUAUUUUAUAUAAACACGUAAGAUAGCUUCAAUUGUGUAAAUUUUAUCAUACUGUGAUUUUUUUAAGUUUGAAAAUGGAACUCUCCUCGUUUAGUUUUGCUUUUAUAUUACUCUUGCAUUAUUUAAAGUAUUCGGCACGCGCAAAAAAAAACUUCUACAAAUUUAUUGCUAAGUUUCAGACGUCAUAGAAAUCGUACCUAAAAGUGAUAUUAAUUUAAGCGGUAUUAUUAACUAAGUUCAUUUUGUGUGAGUGUGUGCGUAGAAUGUUUGUACGCGUAAGUUCUACAUAAAUUAGCAUGUAGGUCCUCAUUACUGCCACUUUAUGGUAGACAUAGCGUUAUUAAAUUAUUCACAUUAUAUUGAAUAUUGAAAAUGAGUUUUGCUCAAAUGUAAGAGAAGAGAAAGAGCGGCGGUGUAAGUACUGUCUUUAAGUAUUUAAAUUAAAUAUUCUAGUCAAAUUGGUAAGUGCACAUAAAUAUUUAUACUAUUAUGUCUAGCGUUAUGUAUAUCGAAUUGGUUGAGUAUGCAAUUGACAUUAGAUAAAAGUAAAUACACAUAGAGGUACGUAGAUUCGAGUACUAACAAGUCGCCUACAAAUCAUAGCCUGGGUUCUCACGCCUUAACGAACUGUUUAUGCUUCGGAGAGAAUGAAACGGAACAUUUUAAUUUAAAAUAUCGAACCAUUUGAUUUAUAUAAAGUGUCGUGUUUUGUGCGUUGGGUAAUGAAUAAAUUGUAUGAGUAAUAAAAUA